UAAAAUAUACACUCGGGCAGGUUCGCCUUCCACCUAUUCUCUCUCUUGUGGGGGUAGGAAAGGGGAAGCAGACAGCUAACCUGUUUCUCGUUUUUCUUCCUCACAGAACCCUCUCCAGAUUUCGCCGCCUUUCUCUCUAUCUCACAUUCCUCAUUCAUCAUUGGUUUUCCCGUUCUCUGGUCUACUUGCUUCGUGCUUUGCAAGAGUUCGAAUCUAUUCGUCAAUUUUCUCAAAUACCCAAUUGCCAAAAAUGGAUUUCCUGAAGACCCAUAUGGCCCAAAUCUAAUAUUUUGCUUCUGCAACCCUGUCAAAAUGCUUGAAACCAUGAAAAAGAUGGGUUUUGGUAUCCUUUGAACCCUAAAAAAAAGCUUUAUUCACGAAGUGUGGAAUAAUGGGUCGAAGAGAAAUGCAAGUUUUUGAUAGAAAAAAAGAUGGGGUUUUCUCUGGUUCUGAGAUGGGGCUUCAAUGGAGUCUUCAAGAGGGUUCCUUCCAUCCCGGAGGCUUAUUUGCAAGUGUUAAUCAAUUUGGCAGUAUGGGUUUUGACAUUUCGCCGAAUUCACCAAAUUCCAGAGACAACGAUGAUGCCCUGAAGCUACCUUUUACCGAUUUGUAUGUGAAGUAUGUGUCCUCACCUGAGGGUCCUCGGAUUGUUGGUAUUCCAGAGAUGGCUAUGGAGGAAAGUAGUGUGAAGAAAAAGAGGGUUGGCCUUAAAUUUAAGGUUAAGGUUAAGAAUCCUUCAUUGAGGAGAUUGAUAAGUGGUGCCAUUGCUGGGGCGGUGUCGCGGACUACGGUUGCCCCAUUGGAGACUAUUAGGACACAUCUGAUGGUUGGUAGUAGUGGCCAUUCUACUACUGAAGUGUUCAAUAAUAUUAUGAAGAUUGAUGGUUGGAAAGGAUUGUUUAGAGGCAAUUUGAUUAAUGUCCUCCGUGUUGCACCAAGCAAAGCUAUAGAGCUAUUUGCUUAUGAUACAGUCAACAAGAACUUGUCACCAAAACCUGGGGAGCCGCCCAGAAUCCCUAUCCCUGCCUCGCUGGUUGCAGGGGCUUGUGCUGGAGUUAGCUCCACUCUGGUUACAUAUCCACUUGAAUUAGUCAAGACUCGUCUAACCAUACAGAGGGAUGUUUACAAUGGUCUAUUAGAUGCAUUCAUAAAAAUAUUGCAAGAGGGGGGACCUGGGGAGCUCUACAGAGGUCUAACCCCUAGUCUUAUCGGAGUAGUUCCAUAUGCUGCUACCAAUUACUUCGCUUAUGACACACUACGAAAAGCCUACCGGAAAAUUUUCAAGCAAGAAAAAAUUGGCAACAUUGAGACCUUAUUGAUUGGUUCUGCAGCUGGUGCCAUCUCAAGUAGUGCAACUUUCCCGCUAGAGGUGGCCCGCAAACACAUGCAGGUAGGGGCUAUUAGUGGAAGACAAGUGUACAAGAACGUGUUUCACGCUCUCUCAAGCAUACUUGAACAGGAAGGAAUUCAGGGUUUGUAUAAAGGGCUUGGUCCCAGCUGCAUGAAGUUGGUGCCUGCUGCCGGGAUUUCAUUCAUGUGCUAUGAAGCGUGCAAGAGGAUAUUGGUAGAGAAUGAGGAAGAUGCGUAGAAGAAACUAAGUAGAAGAAACUAAGUUCUUAAUGUGCACCUUUGAGCAUUGAUGGACGAUAGAUAGGUUACAAUUUUAUUUACUCCUAAUUUAUGUUGGUUUUUUUCCUACAUUUUUGGGGCUUAAGAUUCAUUUUUGUUCUUUUUUCUUUUGUGUUGAAAUAUAACAGAUCGGGUUUCAGUUUUAAGGAGAGUUCAUGAGGUUAGAAUUGUUAUGUCUUCAAAAAUUAUUCAAUAAGUAACUUUUGCUUUUCC